AUGAGAGAGCAAACAGCCGCGGGGGCCAAACAACAGCAGCAGCAGCAGCUCCGCUGUCUCCUGCUGCUGUUGCUGCUGCUGUUGCUGUUGCUGCUGCUGCUGCUGCUGCUGGUGCAGCAGCAGUCACAGCCCCCUCCUCCCCCCAGAAGCUCUCUUCGAUCUCCAGCUGCGCCCCGUCUUUGCUGCGAGGCACCCCGUCCCGCCUGCAGCAGCAGCAGCAGCAGCAGCAGCAGCAGCACAGCAGCACCAGCAACAGCAGCAGCAAAAGCAGCAGCAGCAACGACAGCAGCAGCAGCAGCAGCAGCACAUGCAAAUUGUCGUCUAAAGACUGUGGAGGGUUCAGCGCAGCAACAAAGCAGCAGCAGCAGCAACUCUGUUGUGCCGCACCCCACAGUGCAGACCUCCUCAUUCCCCUUUAAGCCUCUAACCUCAUACGUAGGCAAAGAAAACACAACAGAAACAGCCUCGCCUGCAGCAGCAGCAGCAACAGCAGCAGCAGCAGCAACAGCAGCAGCAGCCAUAGCAACAACAGCAGCAGCAACGGGCUUUGUUGUGCCGCACCCCACAGUGCAGACCUCCUCAUUCCCCUUGAAGCCUCUAACCUCAUACGUAGGCAAGGAAAACACAACAGACACAGCCUCGCCUGCAGAAGCAGCAGCAACAGCAGCAGCAGCAGCAACAGCAGCAGCAGCCAUAGCAACAACAGCAGCAGCAACGGCAGAAGGUGCAGCAUCACUAGCAGUAGAAAGCGUGCAAGUAGCAGCAGCAGCAACAACUGAGCAGCACCACCAGCAGCGGCAACAGGAAAACUAG